AACCUUGAAGGCUUGAACUUCCCAUGAUAUAUACCCUCCAUUUUUGCACCACCACCUAGAUAUAUAGCUAGAACACGAACAAAAGUAACCAAGAUGGCCAGGCCGUCGAGGACGGUGUUGCUGCUCGCCCUCGCCCUCGCCUCUUUUGUGCAGCUCGGCGCGGCCGACCUGAUGCUGAACUACUACGCGAGCACCUGCCCCAACGUCGAGACCAUCGUGCGCGGCGUGGUGCGGCAGAAGAAGGCUGCCGCGAUCCGGACCACCGGCUCCACCAUCCGCCUCUUCUUCCACGACUGCUUCGUCGAGGGCUGCGACGGCUCGGUGCUGAUCAAGUCGACGCCGGGCAACCCGGCCGAGAGGGACGCCUCCGACAACCUGUCCCUGGCCUUCGAAGGCUUCGACACGGUGCAGAGCGCCAAGGCCGCCGUCGAGGCCGCCUGCCCAGGCCAGGUCUCCUGCGCCGACAUACUCGCCCUCGCUGCUCGUGACGCGAUCGCCCUGAGUGGCGGGCCCUUCUACCAAGUGGAGCUGGGCAGGCUGGACGGCCUGAGCUCCAUCGCCAGCAGCGUGCCAGGCCAGCUGCCCGAGCCCAACCAGACCAUUGACCAGCUGCUCGCAGUCUUCAGGGCACACGGGCUCAACAUGUCCGACUUGGUCGCGCUCUCAGCGGCGCACAGCGUGGGGCUGGCGCACUGCAGCAAGUUCGCGAAACGGCUGUACAGCUACCAGCCGGGGCAGCCGACGGACCCGACGAUGAACCCCAAGUACGCGGCGUUCCUGAGGAGCAAGUGCCCCAACGGCGGGCCGGACUGGAUGGUGCUCAUGGACCAGUCCACUCCGGCGCAGUUCGACAACCAGUACUACCGGAACCUCCAGGACGGCGGCGGCCUGCUCGGCUCCGACGAGCUGCUCUACACCGACAACCGGACGCGCCCCAUGGUGAACGCGUGGGCCAACAGCACCGAUGCGUUCUACCGGGCCUUCGUCAACGCCGUCGUCAGGCUCGGCCGCGUCGGGGUCAAGUCCGGCGCGCAGGGCAACAUCCGCAGUCAGUGCGACGUGUUCAACUGAAAGAACACGUCAGUGCAGUGGCGCAUGUGUGUACACGAAAUGUGUGUCUGUCGACAUGUUCCAGAGAGGAGGAAAAAUUGGUUUGGAUUGUUUAGUUUCGGUGUUUUGUUUGUGCCUGUCUUUUUUAAUUCGUUGCGUACGUUGAAACUGUAUGAUAUGCACAAAAGUUGUAUUAAAAUUGGAUACAGUGAUGAAAUAAAGCAUUCUCCAGAAUAA